AUGCUCUCUUUUGUCAUUUCAUAUGCAGUAUACUCUGUUUGCUUUCUACUUUCCCCAUGUUUGGCUAGCACGGUAUCAUAUCCAGUUAUUUGCUGA